AAUAGUAUGUGUUAUUGCUUUUUCUUUUCACGAGCGCCUCAAUAUUGAAUGGGACCCCGCUUGAAAUAUCGACAACACCAAGUGACUCAUAAGAAAAAAAAGAGGAUGAUAAUAUUAACAUGAAUUAGAUGGCUGUUCCUUAUGGUUUAAGCACGACAUUCUAUAUCUCAUUAUCAAAUGGUCAAUCCGUCACUAUUAUCUGGGGCUGGGUAUUACUCUCACUCCUUUCGACCGCUAUCGCUGCUUCGCUCGCCGAGAUCUGCUCUGUGUAUCCCACAGCCGGUGGCGUUUAUUACUGGGCUGCAUUGUUGUCGUCACCAAAAUGGGCGCCUAUCGCAAGUUGGAUCACCGGUUGGCUCACAUUAGUCGGAAACUGGACUGUCACCCUAUCGAUCAAUUUCGGAGGCGCUCAAUUGAUUCUCAGCGCCAUCUCGCUAUGGGACGAAGACUUUGUCGCCAACGAAUGGCAGACCAUCCUCAUGUUCUGGGCCGUCAUGCUCGUAUGCUACCUCAUCAAUAUCUUCGGCUCGAAAUACCUGGAUCUUAUUAAUACUAUUUGUAUAUACUGGACCGGCGCGUCGAUCAUAAUUCUACUGAUCGUUCUGCUGGUCAUGUCGCCGAGUAAGAGGAGUGGGGAGUUCGUGUUUGCGCAUUAUGACGCCUCGGCUUCAGGAUGGCCAGCUGGUUGGUCCUUUUUUGUCGGCUUGUUGCAGCCUGCAUAUGUGCUCACGGGUUACGGGAUGGUGGCCGCUAUGUGCGAGGAGGUACAGACGCCCGAGCGGGAAGUUCCUAAAGCUAUUGUCUUAUCUGUUGUGGCGGCCGGCAUCACUGGCUUGGUCUAUUUAAUACCCAUCCUUUUUGUGCUACCGGAAGUACAGACACUACUCGAAGUAGCCAACGGACAACCAGUCGGUCUUAUUUUUAAGACAGCCACAGGUAGCGCUGGUGGGGGUUUCGGAUUGCUAUUCCUCAUUUUGGGUAUCUGGUUAUUUGCCGGCGUUGGUGCACUAACAGCCUCAAGUCGUUGCACUUAUGCCUUUGCCCGCGACGGAGCGAUUCCCGGUUCUGGUCUCUGGAGUAAAGUCGACAAGCGUUUUGAUAUUCCACUCUUGGCUCUCACUUUAUCUGCGAUUGUCGAUUGCUUGCUAGGUCUGAUUUACUUCGGCUCCUCGGCGGCAUUCAGUAGUUUCACAGGAGUCGCCACGAUCUGCCUCUCGACGUCAUAUGGCUUGCCAAUUCUAGUCUCUGUCGUCCGUGGGCGGAAACAAUUGGAACAUGCAUCGUAUUCACUUGGUCGAUUUGGUUUCGCCAUUAAUGUCACCACGCUUCUAUGGAUUGUCCUUGCGAUUUUCCUCUUCUGUAUGCCCACGAAUCUUACCGGUUUGGACGCUUCCACUAUGAACUAUGCUAGCGUGGUGUUCGCAGGUUUCGCCGCAAUUAGUAUUUUAUGGUAUUUCGCUUGGGGACGAAAGCACUUUUCAGGACCGCCUGUUUUGAAAUCGGACAUGGCUGAUCAUGGUGUCGGGGUUGUUAGGGGACAAUCCCUAGAUGAAGAGGUAGGGAAGAAAGAAACAAGCACGAAAGAGGGGACCGAACCAAAAGCUGUAUGAUAUCCAAUAGAUCCUGCUAAUUUUGAAUAAUAGAAUUGAGAAUUCUCAUUUCUGUGCCGAAAGAUAUUCCGAUUAUGAAGAAACUAGUAUAAGAUGGAUGUACUUUUUCGCUCAGGAUUCUACGAUUGUUAAUUCGUUCAAGUCACAAUCACAAAAAGCAAUGCAUGAGAGG